AUGGGUUGUUUGAAACUACUGUUACUCUUCUUUUUUGCUUUAAUUCAUCUUGUUAUUCCCACGGCUGCCCAAUACUAUUAUGACACCGGUAACUACACCAGUAACAGUACCGACAGGGCAAACCUCAGUACCCUUUUGUCCUCCAUGUACUCCACCACCGAAAUCGAUUAUGGGUUUUACAAUUUCUCUGCUGGUGAAUCUCCCAACAAAGUAAACGCGAUUGUACUCUGUAGAGGAGACGUUUCGACCGAUGUAUGCCGUACAUGUAUCAAUGAGUCAAGUAGCACCCUAUUGCAGUCUUGUCCAAACCAAAAGGAGGCAAUAAUUUGGGCUGAGAAAUGUGCACUUCGAUACUCGCACAGAUCCAUAUUUAAAAUGUUGGAUACUGACCCUUUAUUAGGCUAUUACAACAUGGGAGAUGUUCCAGACGUAAAAGCUUUCAACAAGGUGCUAAGACCCUUGUUAAAUAGACUAAGAAACCGUACUGCAUCAAGAAAUUCUACUCACAAGUUUACUCUACAGAGUGUGCCUAUCCCAAACUUCGAAACCAUAUAUGCACUUCUGGAGUGCACCCUUGAUUUGAGCAGAUUGGAUUGCAACAACUGCUUGUCUCAGGUUCAGGUUUUUAUACCACGAUGUUGUAAUGGAAAGCAAGGAGGGAGAUUUGUAACACCCAGUUGUGAUAUAAGGUAUGAGAUAUACUCUUUUUAUGACCCUGCAGCUGAGCCACCACCACCACCACUGCCACUAGUCCUAUCUGUUGCAUCAGGGACGAACCCAGGAUUUCAAGCUGGGGGUCCCGGAGAUAAGUGA